AUGUCUUUACCCCUUCACCUAGCAGCCAGUCGUGGAAAUCUUGACGAAGUUCAACGUUUAGUAAGUGAAGGGGCAUCGCUAGGAUUGAUAGGUGAAGAUGGUCUAACACCCCUUAUGCAGGCUGUACACAAUAAUCAUGAACAAGUGGCAGUACAUCUCGUCAAAGAGAUGGCCGGACCGGACCUGGCGUUGAAAGAUAUAUUCGGAUACAAUAUCCUUCACUACUUGGCAAGAGAAGGCCACCCAUGGGCACUGGUAAUGGAGAUUGUGUGUGAAAAGUGUCCGGACGCCAUACAAAUGGUUAACUACAAGGGACGACGGCCAAUAGAUGUGGCCAGAGAAAAAUUGGACGAUAACCCAGAACAAAGUGAAUAUAAAGACGUAAUUCAUCUUCUUGAUCAACACGCACAGUACCAGGUUAAGAAAGGGAUCGCUGAGAAAAUGGUUCAAACUUGCAACAUCACCAUUACCUUUAUUGGGAACGUCGGAUCCGGAAAGACAUGCCUACGGAAACAACUGUCACGGGAAGAAUUUCCAGUAGAUGGUCCGGAAUCAACAAACGUUGUGGAAUUUCUAGCAAAUUAUUUAGAUUGGGAUCCAAUCACAGGCUUUCGUCAAAAGCUUGGCGAGGGAGGGGAGGAGGAAACUGGUAUUGAGCGUUUACGGCGAAUAUUUAAACGUUACAGUGCACAGAAAUCCAACACAAAUCUGAACAAUCCAAACCAACAUGACGUUUCUGCUAAAUUAGAAGUGGGCACAUCAUCGAUCCAAAUGAGAAGCAUCCCCCUUACAAAUGAAGGAAAUAUAUCCAAUGCACAACAGGAAAUGGUAGGCGAAAUUUUAUACCAGUAUGAAGACCACGAAUACUGGUACGACACACAAUACGAAGAUGACUUUACAAGCGACCCCGAAGAUGACGAGAGCAAACACCUGUAUGAGGAACUGGUCAAUGCCGAAGGAAAGGAGACAAAAGAAAAGGAAAGCGACACAGUCAGUGGCUUCAUUACUCUUUAUGAUUUUGGUGGAGAGACAGUUUUCUACAAUACACACCAUUGUUUUAUGUCAGGGGAUAUGGUGUUUAUUUUGGUCUUCGAUGUAGCGAAGUGUGUCGAUUCGGAGAAGAGAUAUACGGAAAUAGGCAGCAUAGAAACCUGGCUUUGUUCCGUAGGUACAUACGCCGUAGACGACAAUGAUGGAAAGAGAGGAACGCCUCCCAUUAUACUAGUAGGAUCCCAUCUAGACCAGGUUUCUGGAACGGAAGAGGAAAAAUUCAAGGUAUUUGGGUCCAUUCUUGAUCAAUUAUACCAAAACCGAAGGAUAAGACGAAUAAUGGAAAAGCAUGUCUAUGAGAUGUUUCCGAUUUCCAAUCUGAAUGAUACAACACAACAUAAAGACCUAUAUGAGACGAUUUGGAGGAAGUUAUUCGAAGUAGCACCGUUUCAGUCUGAAUGGAUGAAGCUAGUACCUGCGAGGUGGAUAGCAAUAGAACAAGAACUUCUCAAACGGAAAGGACAAGGUUUAAAUAUGAUGACAUACCAGGAUGUAAUGGAUUUGAACAGAGAGCUUUUGGUGCCUCUAUCAGACGAUAAAGAUAUCCUACAUUUUUUAAAAAAACUACAAAUAACGGGGUCGAUGCUCGUUGUCAACCUUCAUCAUAAUCCUGUGAUUAUUCUGAACCCCAACUUCAUCUUAGACGCCCUGAAAUGCAUUAUCACAGAUCCUAAAUUUACCUCUGGAUUCAAAGAACGACAGAGAUGGAAUGCUUUUGCGAAAACUGGAAAAUUGCCCUUCGACGAUCUGCAUGCCUUAUGGAAAAAUGAAACAUCAAAAGAUUUCAGCGAGAACGAAGAGACCAUUAAGCUGGUGAUGGAAACGUUCGGUCUUCUCGCUAAGCCAAUAUUGGACGAUGGAUGCAUUGAUUACUAUGUUGUUCCGUGCAUGCUGCAGGAAGCAGAUCCUGAAUCAUUACAACCGCUAUUAACUGAACCCGACAUAAUCAUGUCACCUGCUCUGUGCUUCAGAUUUGAACAGGAAUAUAUCCCACACGCCAUUUGGGAUAAACUUAUCGCCACAUGUAUCCACAGGUUCCAUUGCAUGGACGAACCGAUACAAGAUCAGUCUUUAUUUGUACGCAGAAGGUUCGUCUGCCUAGCAGUGGACUACAUGUGGAACAUCAUCCUAAACUGUAGGGGAAACGCGAUGAAAGUCAUAAUGUUCAAACGAGACAAAAACCACAGCUUGGAUCAAGAAAUUGGUAUAAAUAUCAGAAAUAUUCUCGAAUACUUUCUUCGGAAGGUACUAGAAAUGAAUCGGCAAACUCAUCUUACUUAUAAAUUUUGCUUGCAUAAUGACUACCGAUUUUUACCUGACGAAAAGAUGGUAGAAAUUGAAAAUCUUCUAAAAGCGUCUAGCUUGCAGUGCCUUGGAGCAAGUGGUAGAGGAUGGAUAUCUCUUGAAGACUACAACUUCUGGUUUUUUAAAACUGGGACGCGCAGAAAACGCCAACCCGACACCGCUGAAAUCUUAGUACACGCCCUCCCUGAAAGAAAACCGUCGCCGAAGGAGAUUGGGCGGAUUGCCAAACUGAUCAGUGGAAGGGGAUAUCAAGUGUUUUUCGUUGAGCUCAACGUUUCUGUCCAUGUAUUGGACCAAAUCAUGGAAGAGACACGCAAUCUCGCCUUUCGCACCAGCAUCACAAAGACGUUUCUGCAUGUUUUGAAUACAAGACUUGACAUCGGUUUCCCUCAAAUCGUGGACGCCAUGCAAAAGCAUGGUAUGCCUUAUGCGAGUCUAUUAGCGAGUUUAGACACAAACUGUGUCGAGGUUUUGAAAGGUUUGGAUUUAUCCAAGGAAGUAUUGAAAACACCAAUCUCAAAUUUCAACAAGGCUUCUAUUGCCAAAUGUAUUAGUGCUAAGUCCUACUACAAUCUGUUCCUUGACCUUGGCAUGGAUUACAAGGACAUUGAUAGAUUCGAUGUUGAUUACCAAAUGGUCGGAGACAGAAUGAUAGCUCUCCUGGAGCUGUGGAUCCGGAAUGAAGGUUCCAAGGCAACCGUAGAAAAGCUUCUAUUAGCUAUGAUGGAAUGCGACAUGGAUGUUAAAUCUCUCUCAGACCGCAUCUUAUCUCCUGUCAAUCGUUACUCGAGUUGA